CCGCCCUUCUCUAAGAUGGCUUCCGGUCGGCAGCGGGGAGUCUGGGUGCGCUCCGGGAGGAGCCAGGGCGGAAGCGGAAGCUGAUUGGCCCGCGAGUGUCCGUAGCUGCCGUAGCUUGGGGCUGCGAUGUGAAGGGUGGGAGCUCCUGCAGGCGUCGUCUCUAAAUUGCGGCGACUGCAGCGAGGGAGGCUCGGACAAGGCCAGGGGGCUUCUUCGGCGGCCGGCCGUUUGGGCCGCGGGAUGAGGAAGCGGACCGACGCCGUUGCCUUGGAGCAUGAACGCUGCGUCGCCUUGGGCUCGUCCUCCCCGGGCUCGACUGCCGCGGUGCUGGACGCAGACUGCCGCCUGAAGCACAACUUGCGCCCGGCUGGCAAGGGGCCAGCUGAGCCGCGUUGCACCGAGGACAAGGACAUGAAACGAGCGCUAGGCAGGCGAAAGAAUAUGUGGUUUCGACUGAGGAAGAUACUUUUUUGUGUUUUGGGGUUGUAUGUUGGCAUUCCAUUUCUUAUCAAACUAUGUCCUGGGAUACAGGCCAAACUGAUUUUCUUAAAUUUUGUGAGGGUUCCUUAUUUCAUUGACUUGAAAAAACCACAGGAUCAAGGUUUGAAUCACACCUGUAAUUACUACCUCCAACCAGAGGAAGACGUGACCAUUGGAGUUUGGCACACUGUUCCCGCUGUCUGGUGGAAGACCGCUCAAGGGAAGGACCAGAUGUGGUAUGAAGAUGCCUUGGCUUCUAGUUACCCUAUAAUCCUGUAUCUGCACGGGAAUGCAGGCACUCGAGGAGGUGACCACCGAGUGGAACUUUACAAGGUGCUGAGUUCCCUUGGUUACCAUGUGGUCACCUUUGACUACAGAGGUUGGGGUGACUCAAUAGGCACACCAUCAGAGCGGGGCAUGACCUAUGAUGCACUCCAUGUUUUUGAUUGGAUCAAAGCAAGAAGUGGAGACAACCCCGUGUAUAUUUGGGGCCACUCCCUAGGCACUGGAGUGGCAACAAAUCUGGUGCGGCGCCUCUGUGAGCGAGAAACACCUCCAGAGGCUCUUAUAUUGGAAUCUCCAUUCACUAAUAUCCGUGAAGAAGCAAAGAGCCAUCCGUUCUCAGUGAUAUAUCGAUACUUCCCUGGGUUUGACUGGUUCUUCCUUGAUCCCAUUACAAGCAGUGGAAUUAAAUUUGCAAAUGAUGAAAAUGUGAAGCACAUUUCCUGCUCCCUGCUCAUCCUGCAUGCUGAAGAUGAUCCAGUUGUGCCCUUCCAGCUUGGCAGAAAGCUCUACAACAUUGCUGCACCAUCUCGAAGCUUCCGAGACUUCAAAGUUCAGUUUAUCCCCUUUCACUCAGACCUUGGCUAUAGGCACAAGUACAUCUACAAGAGUCCUGAGCUUCCUCGGAUACUGAGGGAAUUCCUGGGGAAGUCUGAACCUGAGCUCCAGCACUGAGCUCACUGCUUGAAGGAGCAUGAAGACCUCUGCCCUCCUCCCUGUUCCUCCGAUCAACCCAGCACCCUGGAGCCCAGGUACCAGGGUCUACAAUGCCCCUGAAGAGAGGACUCUGAUGCCAGCUAGGACAGGUAGAAGAGGCCCCAGCAGACUGGUCACCAGGAGCAUGGAUUUUUGUGGAAAAUGUGAGUGGCAGGCAUAUGGUCCUCUCUUCUUGCUGCCGUACAACCUGAGCUCUUGUUGAAAAGACUGACACAGCAAGCUAGCCACAGGCUGGUCAAUCGCAUACUUGCUGAGCUGGGUGUGGAGAACAGAGCAGGAGGCAUAAACUCCUGAGACCAAACUGAGCUUUCUAAGACCAUCCACAAGAAUGUGGGGAGACUCGGGUUCUUCUCUUUCUUCCCAGCACAUGCAGAAUGGACUCUAAUGGUUCCAUCAUCCCCUCCUGCCCUGUACACCCCAUAUGCCUUCUCCCUGCCUCCCUAGGCAGACCCUACCACACGGGGUGGGGGGGGGGUGUUGCGGUACCUAUGAUCUGUACUACUUCUGCUUUCUGCCCACCUGUUUGCCUAACCUGGCCCUAGGCUGAGCAUUUAUUUAAUAAAAUCCUGGUGGUGGUCUGUGU